UGUCCUGUGGGCUGUUACACAGCCUCAUGGCUAUGUAAGCCUUGGUCAUUUGGUUUGUUUUUCCUCCUAACACUGAGACAUCAAACAAGCUUUCAAAGAUGCCGUUGCAAAGGCAAAGUAAAUCAGGUCACUCCUGCCUCGUGGUCUAUGCAGUUGUCUUGAGGGGAGCAGAUCUCUCACCUCUGCAUUGUUGGGCUGCCCACUUCUGACAUCCAGUAACAACAUUCAAGUGUCAGCAGUGGCUGUGCUGUCAGUCAUUCCAAAAUGGCUUUUAGAGGAAAGCACAUGAGGGUAGACACAAAGUUUAAAGAAGAAGAAUGAAGUAGUAGUGUGUUUAAAGAUUUGAACAUUUCCGACUGGAUAGGGCUGUGUCUUUGGGUAACAAAGUCCUUAUGUUUGGGCUGUUUGUAGCCUUCCACUGACAUAAAGAGGAGUUUCUGCUUGUAAAUAUUGUGUUGUCUGAAAGUCAUACCCUGUUCCAGGGAAGGGGAAUUUGGUCCUCACGCUAAAGGAGGGAGGAUGCCUUCAUUUAAAGCCAAAAUGUUCGUUUCUUUCCCAGCAUAAAUACAAAUGUUCAGCAGCUCAGGAUCUCUGUUCCAGAUAUACAGACGCACUGAGGAUGUCUAUGGAUAUAACCUUCCUCGGCACUGGCUCAGCAUAUCCCUCUCCAACCAGAGGAGCGUCGGCACUGGUGCUUCGCAGGGAAGGAGAGUGCUGGCUGUUUGACUGCGGGGAGGGAACUCAAACACAGAUCAUGAAGAGCCAUCUCAGAGCAGGCAGAAUUACCAAGAUCUUCAUCACUCAUCUUCACGGCGACCACUUUUUUGGACUUCCUGGCCUGCUGUGUACAAUUAGCCUCCAAAGCAGCCCUGAUGCAGACAAACCACCUCUGGAUAUUUAUGGGCCAUUAGGGCUGCGAGACUUCAUCUGGAGAAGUAUGGAGCUCUCCCACUCCCAACUUCUCUUUCCCUACACUGUUCAUGAACUGGUGCCUACACGGGACCAGUGCCCUGCAGAAGAAUUCAGAGAGUUCUCUUACUUGGGCAGUGAUGUGAUACCUCCUGAGGGAGCACAAGGGAGAAUACUUCAUCUGGAUCCAGCAGAAGACUCUUACUUGCUGCUUGAGGAUGAGCAGCUAGUUCUGAAAGCAUUUCGCCUAUUUCACCGCAUUCCUUCCUUUGGCUUUGUGGUGGAAGAGAAGCCCCGGACCGGUAAACUCAAUGUACAGAAACUGAAAGACCUUGGAUUUCAACCAGGUCCUUUAUAUGGGAAGCUGAAGAGUGGGAGUACAGUUGUUCUAGAAAAUGGACUAAAGAUUUAUCCUUCUGAUGUCUUAGAAGACCCUAUUCCAGGAAGAAAAAUUUGCAUUCUGGGAGAUUGUUCAGGGGUGGUUGGAGAUGCGGCCGCAAAGCUUUGCUGUGGAGCAGAUGUACUGAUACACGAAGCCACGUUGGACGAUACCCAAGAGGAAAAGGCCAGAGAGCAUGGUCAUAGCACUCCGAAAAUGGCUUCGGAGUUUGCAAAAUGGUGUAAAGUUAAGAAACUGGUGUUGACUCACUUCAGUCAGCGGUACAAACCAGAUGCGCAGAGAGGUGAGGGUGAUGCGGACAUCACCGAACUGAAGAGACAGGCAGAGUCAGUGUUAGAUGGCCAAGAAGUAACACUAGCAGAGGACUUCAUGACAAUAGAAAUUCCAAUGAGAAAGUUAAAAUGAUAGUGUUAGCAAGCUUGGUGUGAAGACAUAAACUAGGAUGGUGUUGGGUAACUGUAGGAUUCUGGUAUCCAACUGUGACACACAGAACACUUGCAAACUGGAGACAGUACCAGGUACAGUUAUUUUGCUUUUUUAAAGCAAGAAAAAAGGAUACUCGGAUGUCUUGAACUUGGAAUAAAUUCAUAAUAGUUGGUUUCAAACACCCCAGAAACUGAAUGUUUAGGCUGGGCCGUCCUUCUCUUCCUUGGACCACAGAUUCUUACAGCAGAGCACUGGAUCAUUUGGCUUGAUACAGUCGGAAGGUCUGUGUUCUGCACCAGAAUUUAAGAUACCUUACCUGUUACAAGCUUUUGAGUAACAUCUAUUUCAAACUUGUCUAUAGUAUUCUGUAACUGUAACCCUGUUUCUGUGUAAGAGGACUAUCACGCUGGAACUAAUAGUUUUGCCAAAUGGUUGUAACUUGGCUGUUGCUACUGCUCAAGUUGAGGAGCUCUUCUAAUUCUCCCUUUGCAUAUGAAGUUUCCUCAUAAAUAAAUGCAGUUUAGGCUUUCCUGAAUCACUCUUACCAGUUUGAUUCAUUUAAACCUCUGAGGCAUGAGCCCUAAGUUUGCAUACCUAUUCCCUGCAUCAGUGAAGUUUUAGAAGACUCUGGAAGUCUUUAGCAGAUGACAAGUAGCCUCUCCUAAAAUGUUCCUCCAGGUGCAUUUUCUAAGACAAAUUAUCCUGAUUAAAAGCAUAUUUGUGUUUGUAGAAAUACCCCUACAGGAGGAAUUUCACAUACAUGUCACUCAGUCUGUUUCUGCAAUAACUUUAUCAGUCAAGGGACAUACAGAUCAACUUUAUCUUCUUUUCUUCCUGCCUUGAAACCAAUUAGAAGUGUCCAAAUUUUAGCUUACUUUUCUGGUUGAAAGUGAAACUGAGUGGUUUAGAACCCUAAAGCUGUUUUCCCCAGCAUAGAUUUCCUGAAAGCUGAAACACUUCAGAGUUUUCUAAUAAACACUGAAAACUCUGGCAGAUGUAAGUGCA